AUGUGUGAUCAAUAUCAUCCAGGAAAGGCGAAUCUAGUCGCAGGUGCUUUGAGUAGGAAGUCUCAACAGGUGGACGAAGCAGAAUCAUCAGAUUUGGACUCUCUCCUUUGUGGGAUGAGAAGAAUUCUUAUUGAGAUUGAUUUUGAAGAAUUGAAGACUCUCCAAAGAAGGGAUCCAAAGUUGUUGGCCAUCAGGAAGAAAGUCAGGAAGUCUAAAGGACCCUUGCACUAUAGUUUGGAUAAGGAUGGUAUUCUCCGUUUUCGAGAUCGUAGGGUGAUUUCCCAAGAUUCAGAAUUUAAUGAGCGAAUUUUGGCAGAAGCUCAUGCAGCUCCUUAUUCAGUUCAUCUAGGAAGCACAAAAAUGUACCAAGAUUUAAAGAGGAAUUUCUGGUGA